AUGUUCAAGAAGGACUUUCUGUCUUUAAAUCGAGGGAGAAGACGCCCGACAAGCAAUGGCUUUCAAACUAUAAAUAACUUAGAAGACAACAAUCUUCGCCUCAUUCAGUCAUCUCCAAUAUCAUCGCCAAAGAAUUCGGUUGAUAUCCAAUUAGAAAAGUCAAAGAAAAUACGACAAGAAUUAGAUAGUUUAGAUAAGAAUGGUAGCAAUAAGGAUAGCAAGCACAUCGAUAGCACGCAUGCAUUAAUGAUAAAAGACAUCUUUCACAAGAGAAUCAGUAUAGGCUUACAUAAGCUAGAUGAAACUCCAAGGUGCCAUUUAAUCAUCAAAAGCUUGGACCACAAUGGGAAAAGAAUACAGAAAGAGAGCUCUAGUAAUCUCAUGAUCAAUAUCUCUAGCAAUGGGCAGUUCAUAUUCUUUACAUUGGGCCCGAAAUUUAUCAAAGGGCUAACAAUAGACCUAGUAAAACAUGUGAAGAGCAUCACGUUCUCCAUGCUCAAUAGAAGUCUUCUUAUAGAGCUUCAAGAAGGAUCGGGUUACGUCUAUAUCACUUACAUAACUUCAACAUGGGAUUUUGUAGAUCAAUUGAAAUCAAUUUAUAAGAAAAAUGGUGGAGUUGAACAUAUUGGUACAAACGAUGAGCUCUUGAAGAAGAUGCGACUAAUAGAUUCAGAGAGAACUCCCAAUGGGAAAGCUGAUAGUAGUUCAGCACCCUCGAGUACUAAUGUCACUCCUACUCGAACGAUCACACCUAUAGAUCCCAGCAAGAUGUAUGGCAGUAGAACGACGAGGUCGGUUUCCAGAUUGACAGGUGGUUUAGAUCCACACAGCUCUCCAUCAUACAAACUCAAUAGUUCGGAUUCUGACUCAGAAAAUGUAGAUACUAUGAAAACAAAGAAAGAGGAAACCCCUGAGCCAUUUACGCCGUCAUUGAGUUAUAAGUUUCUCGAUUCUAAGAAAUUUACAAUUACAAACUCGGAUUUCAAGACGCUAUACAACAAUGACUGGAUCAAUGACUCCGUUAUUGACUUCUUCAUCAAAUAUGAUAUCGACCAGGCCGUUAAGAAUAAUUCGUUUAAACAAGAUGAAAUAUUUGCUUUCAACUCAUUUUUCUUUAACAAGCUUAUGACGAAAAGCAAGGAUACACCUUCACUAAAAGAUGGGGAAGAAAUCGUGUCACUGGACAAAGAUACUCUUCCUGAUUAUUACGGUAACAUCAAGAGAUGGUUAAACAAAAUCGAUUUGAUGAAGUAUCCAUACGUGAUAAUUCCAAUUAACGAAAAUUUGCAUUGGUAUUGUUGUGUGGUUAAAGGACUACCAGAAUUAUUAAGUAGAGCAACUAAAUUGAAAGAACGGAUGAAAGAAAUGGAUGGCUUCGACUUCAAGAGUAGUGAAGAAGUUAUUAAGGAAGUCUUUCGAGUAGAGAUAUUCAUCUUCGACUCUCUCUCUCAAAAGCACUCAAAUAUUCACUAUCCAUUGAAAAAGUUCAUUAUAGACUAUUGCAAAGAUAAGUAUGAUUUAGAAGUUACAAAGGAGCAAUUUCGAACUAUUAACGCUAGAGUUCCAAAGCAAAAUAACUUCAAUGACUGCGGGAUCCAUGUGAUCUAUAACGUGAGGAAGUUAUUGAGUGACGCGGCCCAAUGUGAAAGACUCUGGAAGUCUGGGAACUCGCUAUCACGAUAUCAAUCUAAGUUAUUUUUCAAGGCAUCAGAGAGGAAUGGAAUGAGACAAACAUUAAGAGAGACUUUAAAAAGGUUACAGAAAGAAGAAAAUAGUGCAACUGAAAGUAAUGGGAAUGACAACGCUGACGAAGAAGAGGAUAUUGAAAUUAUUGAGAUGGAAUUGCCAAAAUUAGUAAAUGAACCACAAAAGAAGUCACCUAAAGCCAUGAAGACAAGACCUGUGGAUGAUACAGAAGUUCUAGAAAAAGUAUUAGAAAUUUUAGGCGGUAUCAGUGAUAAACACACGCUUGAUCCUAAGAGUACAUCUUUCCUUCAAACCAUUAUAUCUAACAAAUUCAUUCGAAGAGAUCUCUCGGGCAAGAAAUUGAGCAAGCUAGGAGUUGAAAUAUUGAAUCAAAUCUACCCCAAUGACAAUGAGAUCGAUGCAGAGGAGCUCAACUUAGUAGCUGAUUUUGCAAUCAAGAUUAGUGGCUUUGAUAUACUUCUGGAAAGAAAGAAGAUAUCUGAUGAGUUUUUCACAUUUCUUAAAGAAAAAUUGAAGAUUUCACCCGAAGAUUCGACUUCUCCAGCUUCUGCCACAGCUACAAAAGUCACUCCUACAAGAGCUAAAGAUGAAACCACUGGCUCUGAUAGUUCGACCAUUUCAAAAGGUUCGCGCCCAAAGGAUGAAACUUUUGUCAUUCAACAUUACCUGGAUAAUGAAGAUUUGAACCAAAGUGUCAAUGAACUACAAAUAUCGGAGACUGGAGCCGAAAGAGCCAAGGGCUUGAGCUCUACUCCAAUAAAGUCUCCUGCACUGAUAGCGAACAGUUCUCCAUUGGAAGACAAAAAUAAUAGAGAGCACUACAAAAGCUUUCCCAAUAAAAGAAGGAAAUUAAUAGACUAG